AUCACGGGCGCAGCAGCAGCGGUUAGCUUAGCUAGCUAGGAGCUCGGACGCUGCCGACCGCACACGGAGGUAAGAGCUUCGUCUCAACCCGAUGUUGCACGCGCGGACCCACGUCAGAGGACACGGCCAUCCAGCGGCUUCGCGGCAGGCGGUGAGUUUUCUCAUCGCUGUCGUGCGGGAAGUCGUUGACGUCACGAGUCUGCUGUCCGCAGUGUAAGGGGCAUUUCUCUGCAAAACACGUCUGUUGUUCGACCCGAGUUCGAAAGUUCAAGUCGGCAAAGUGCAAAGUCGGUGGCUGCGGAGAAAGGUCACGUGUUUUGGCUGGUUGCCAUGGUUACGCCCACACCACUUUCCUAGGAGAAGCCGUGUUGAAUGGCGUCAUCAUCACCGAUCGCGUCACACUUGACCGUCUGAUAUCGACGCACAGUGGAUGAAGCUGGGCGCAUCUUUCUGUGCGGGGUCACUGAAGGUCACACGCGUUGUCCAGACGUCAUGGAGCUGAGAUACAGAAAUGAAAGAACGCAGCGCAGAUGUGAGGCCGGUGCGUCCACCUCCAGUUUCCUGUCCAACAGGAAGUACUUGGUGAGACAGCCGCUGUUCCCUGAACAAGCCCACAGCUCCAUCCUGGAGAAGGAGAAGCACUUGACGGUCUGCACCACCUCAGGUGCUCAGGAAGCUCAGCGGGAGGCGGCGGCGAGCAUUUCAGGAGCAGGACUCGGAGAAGCAGAAGCUCUGACGCUCUCUGGUCUGGACAAGGAAGAGCCCCCGACACCCAGGUCUCCUCGCUGGAGCUCCUCGCCCUGCUCCACUCUGGAGGUCCAGAGACUGAACCUUCCUCUGCGUCCACAGUUAACCUCCACAGUCCUGCACCCCACCUACACCUCAAAGCACCGGCGUGUCUUGACCCACCCCAGGAUCGGGGUGAGGGGCCACAGACUUUCUUCAUCAGCAGUCCAGCUGGAAGGUCAGACUGAGAGCUGCCACCAGAGAAGCUACUGGGCGUGUGCCAUCCCAAAGGCCUCACCACCCUCAGCAGACAGGCAGUCAGCUGACUGGGACCCAGACACUGAGUACCAAGCUCUGUUGGACUACUCGUACCCUCUGAGAGCGGACUGUUGUGAGGGGGUCAGCUCUCACGUCUGGUCCACAGAAGCAAACCUGCAGGACUCUGGUAUUGAACUGGACAGACUGUGCUCCAGGAUCAGGUCUCUGGACGACCUGACAGACGGGUCUGUCUCGUCUGCUGAACCCCUCACUGGCUUCGGGGAUAGUUGCUUCAGUCCGGAGACAAACCGCUUCCAUUCCACAAGUCUUCUUCCCAAGUCUUGGACCACAGAGGACCUCAGCGAGGAGUUCCUGCUGCUACCAGAUCACCUGGAGGAGAUGCAUUCACUGGCUCAGCAGGUGAAUGAGGUGUCCUCUGUGCUGGAGCGUGUCACUCCUGGCAGCUCCUCCUUCCUGGCAAAGAAAGAUGAUGAGCCUCCUGCAGCGCGGACAUCACCAGUGUUGGAGAAGCUGCGUGAGGAGCAGAAGGGCUCCUUGAUGGAGCACAUCCAGACCUUCUCAUCACAUCUGCAGCAGCUCAUCCAGUGGCUGCACACCAUCUCAGAGAAGAAGGCCGUGCUAACCCCGCCCACCUUGGACUUCGACUGUGUUCGGCAGUCGCUGGCUGAAUACCAGAGUUUCCAGAGAGAGGUGGGUCUCCACCAGCCUCUGACCUCCAGCAUCCUGAAGAGUGGACACCUGUUGCUGAACUGCGUCGGCAGCGUGUGCCCAGAUAUCAGAGACACCUUGCUGCUGAUCGAACAACAGUCCACUUUCGUGGAGAAGCAAGCGCAGCAGCUUCUUGCUUCCAUCCUGUCGGCCAUGGACUCUCUAACUCAGCCCUCCGGUCUGGACCAGCAGGUCAGGGUGGGGCAGGACUUGUGCACAGGCUCUGUGCGACGCUGAAAUCAUCAGAAGAGUCUGUCCUCCACACACCUGUCACGGAGACGGUGUAUAUGCGUGUGUAUUCAUGUUAUGUACUUGUGAUUGUUGUGUGAAGGCUUUGAUCCCUGUCGUGCUGACCUCAGUAACAAGUGCUCUCAGAACUCACUCAUGUCUUGGUGUUGUGGCCAUCCUGCUCCUCAGAGGAGCCUCGACUCACUGAUCCACACAAACACUUCCAACUGAAUCCAGUUGCCUUUAUUAUGAAAACAAGAGAACAUCGUAUCUGCAUCGUACUGACAUUACACAGUAAUUAGCAAACAGAGCCAUGAAACUGACAGAUGAAGGCAGAAUAAAUAAUCACGUCAGGAUUUCUCACAGUCUGGUGGUUAGCAAGUGCUCAACUGCUGAUGGAUCCUGGUGAACAGGUUCACACACACACACACACACACACACACACACAGAUAUAAAGGAAAAAAAAUCCAAGUGUGAAAAUGGAAUGCAGAGAGACAAACUGAAGCAUGAACACACACACGCGCACGCACAUGAUGGGCUGUCGGGGUCGAUGGGUCCGAGCUGUAGAGUCUGUCAAAAAGAGACCAUCAUGACCAGUAGCAGGUUUAUUGGUUUGGUAGUGCGGCUACAUUAUGUACAGUACAAAUACAGGCAACGUCUUGUGGUGGUCAUGAGAUCCAGUCCCGUGUGGUCAUGGCAGGCGAAUCUGGGGGAGGAGUGGGCGUCUCUCCUUCAGCAGCAGCCUCCCGACGAAGGCUUGACCGUCGUGCCGGGGGUGAGCUUCACGUUGGGCUUCUCUCCUCCGCCAGCCGUGGCUCCGGGUCCCAUCCGCUUCUUGAUCUCCGCAGCCAUGGUCAUGAAGGCCUGCUCCACGUUCGUGGCGUUCUUGGCGCUGGUUUCCAAAAAUGGGAUUCCCAGGGAGUCUGCGAACUCCUGCAGUCAGAGCGGCCAGCAGAGAGCAGGUCAGUGGAGAGGAGAUGCAGGCGGACCACCUCAGAAAGACACACUUAGGCACGUCAGUUCACUUCUGAGCCAACCCCCAAAGAUGAUGAGAAGAGGAGCUGGAACUAAACUGAGUCCUGGCCAUCACCACUGUCACCAGUGCACAGAGCAGCUGGCUUCAUGGAAGGCUGCUUCUCCCCAGAAGAAAAAACCUAACAAACUCAAAGAUUUCAUCGUCCCAUCAAAACAUACAGCUCUGCGAUUGAGGGACGAGGAGGAAGAGGAUGGAGGUGAUGAGGACCCAGUGCUUCCUCUCAACAGGUUGGACUCCAGUAUGAUCACACUUUAUUGUUCAAUUGUGAUCAUAUUCUCAGGUUUUUGUAAUACUGACUGGUUUCACGUUUAGCUACAUAUUUAAAAGCGACGCACUGAAUGAAAGCUUUGUGGCUGAAUAAUAAUGAAAAAUCUUGGCUGGAUACCAAAUAAUAUCAAAUGUGGUUGUUAUGUUUUUCACUUAUAUUGCCUUAUUAGUCUGGAACACCUUUGAUACACAUUGUUCAAGGAAAGUUGAAGCUUAGAUGAUUGAAUAUCGGUCAGAAGUCAGACAGACAAGACAAGACAGUAUGUGCAGACUCAGCUCAUGGAUGGUAAAUCUCUGCUGGUUGGAUCGGGAAUUUUCAGAUCCGAUAUUGGAGCAUGAUUCUGACACUAGAUCCCUCCCGCCCUUAGCUCCCACUGAAUUUUCGCCGCUGCAGGGACAAGUCUUGACCUGCGGGGGGCGCUUACCUUUGCUGUCGUGUAGUCCACCACCUUCUUUGUUGUCAGGUCACACUUGUUUCCUACCAACAGCUUAUUGACGUUCUCGCUGGCGUAGCGGUCGAUUUCCUGUAGCCACUGCUUGACGUUGUUGAAGGACUCCUGAGGAGACACACAGUCACAUGUCUGGCUGCUGUCAUCGUUCAUGGCGUUCGACCCAGGAGAAUGGGCCCUAAAUCCAGGUCAGAAUUCCCAUCUCAGCUGAUGGACUGGACCGAGUCAGGAAUGUAACCCAUGACGUGGGUGUGGAAAUAGUGGAGCUGCUCUCUCUCACCUGGUCUGUGACAUCGUACACCACUAUGAUUCCAUGAGCUCCUCUGUAGUAGCUGGAUGUGAUGGUGCGAAACCUCUCUUGACCCGCCGUGUCCCACUGGGAGAGCACAAACAAACGUCACAUGACCAGUCACAACUCAGCAGCGGGCCUGUAUGACCUGGGCCUGUCAACAUCCAGGUCAUGAUGUGGAUGACUUGUCACACAGACAGUCUCACUCACGCACUCGCACGUUCAGCUGUCACAAGGUAAGAGACGCUGGAGUCUCUUGUCUGAACUCAGAGGUGCUACACACUUGCUACACACUGCUCCAUCGAUUCAUAGCCGUGAACAAGUCCCAUCACUUACGAUCUGAAGUUUGAUGGUCUUCCCAUCCAGCUCAAUGGUUCGUAUCUUGAAGUCCACACCGAUGGUGCUAAUGUAGCUUUCUGUGUACGUGUCGUCCUGCAGAGAGACACAAGUCGUGAAGACUCGAGCACACACUCGACAAUGUUCGACAAGAUGAGUGAACACUCACCGCAAAUCUGAGGAGAAGGCAAGACUUUCCUACGCCAGAGUCACCGAUCAGGAGCAGCUUGAAUAAAUAGUCACUGCAGGAGAGAAACACAAGUUUAAAAGCUCAUCUCAGUUUUCUGUGUUCACCAUGGUGAACGUCUGAGUGAGGGACAGCAUCAGAUACUGUCCAACGGCAAUGUUGCAACUGCUCCCUUGUGGGACAAAUAAAGACAGAAACCAUCUGACUCUAACUCACACUGCCAGCUCAGCAGUUCUGACAGAGAAGUUACUGCUUCGUACGGGAUGAGUCGGUACCGUUUUAGAGGUGGCGAACUAAAGUUUACCAUAGAGUCAAUUUGAAAUCGUAACCAACCAAGCCUGAAAGAUAUAUAUCGAAGUAUCGUAGCUUCAAGAUAUUAAUAUUGCAAAAACAAUGGCAUAUCGUGAUUGUGUCGAUAUCAAGAUAUGAGCACUGAAGACGCUAAUAUCUCUAGAUCAGCGCUCUCAAUGACCUCAGCUCACCUCGAAUGUGAUGGCGGCCCUUCAACGUACAAUCAAGAGCAUCUAACCAGGGUCAUUUCCUGCUGGCCAUCGAUCGACAUCUGAAGCCAGUCAGUGCAAAACUUUCUACAUCCUUUUGGAUCAUGAUUAAAAAAACAAAUAAACACCAUUUUCACUGAACACAUAGUCAUGUAGUAUCACAUCAACAUCAAGAUAUCUGGCAUGAACAUUUGCGCCGUUCAGCAUUGACCGACAUUGACUGGCGAUGAACUCCACACUGAACAUGGGGAACCAUCUCAUCUCAUUGAAACAUGAAAUGCCCUCAAAUGCACAGCUUCAAAGCAAAUGCAUCCUUUGACCUCACAUGUCGGUGUGAGCUGCAAAAGUAGGCCAUUCCCCACAGCAGUCAGAAUAAUGGUAAAAUGCCAUUCUCUUGGAGCCUCUGUGCUCCGCCACACACCCGAAAAGACUUUCUUCACACCAACAAUGCCUUCCUGUUCCAAGUCACCCAGCUGACAUGGUGUCAGUCCAAAUCAACUGAAGAGCGGCAGGAAUGUGCAACGAUACAACGUCAUCAAAAGUUCAGCGUCGACUCUCACUUUGGGUUUUUGACAUGGAAAUGUGAGGUCUAUAACAGCAGAGACCCGGGAACAAGAGCGACAACAAUUACCAGCACUCAACAGUGAUUCCAGUAGAAGUGAAAGCAUCUAACCACUGACCAGCGAGUGAACUCACCAGAUGACCAAUCGUCAUCUAACUCAGGUUGCGUCUCACUAAACAAAUGCUUUAUCCUUUGAGAUUCAUCGAAACCUUCAAGCAUUGUAUAAUCUGACCACGUUGUGGAGUCGACAACCUGAGAGGAGGGGGAGCGACCCGGCAGAUGUUUGCGAGGUCAGAUGACCAACCAUGGGUUAACCUGACCAGGCCAUCCAAAUGCAAAGCGAGCGUUUUACUUAUCAACUCUGUGCCGUCUCCAAAUGCCCUGUCAAAGUGCCAAGUGAUCUGUGGGGGCACGACACAUAGUAGCUCUGGCAGGUUUUUGCUAACCUUCCUUAUUUCUUUAAACUGAUACAACAAUAAAUACAAAAAGAAAAAAACAGUCGCAAUAACGUUUGUGAAUUGAAACUAAAGCCGAGGCUGCCCCAGCCGAUCGGCCAUCAUUUAAAAAUGAUGCUCUUUGUAUUGAUACACGCUGAGCAAUGUUACUACUCCAUUAAAUUGUACAUUGCGACAGACAACAGACAGCGAGUCUGCCACGAUGGCGGCCAUUUGGCAACACUUCUCCACCACAGAAUGGAAAAUGAUAGCCGAUGAGCAGCUGUUUUCUGUUGUUGGAUCCUGCAGCUUUCGGCAUCCAAAACUGCACCUGGACACCAUAUCCUCCCCUGGACAAGUCGUUGAAAAAAAAAGAGGAGCAGUCGCACAGGAUUAAGGCAGAAAUCAUGCCGGUAUUAAACAAGUGAUAAGAUUAGAUUGGUAAGGUUUACAUUGUGAGUUUGAUCUGUUUGUCUUGACUGUUGAA